AUGGGACUAUACAUAGUAGCUAUACUAGAAAAGCUGACGAAGGAUGCAACGUUCACCAACAUCAUCAACGCGGCGAUACUUCCCGUGUGUAUUGUUGUGGAGAUGUUUAUUUUGCCUGCGUAUCUGUACUUUCUUGCCUUUUUCAAAGGAUUCAAGAACGUAUUUAUUUUGAGAAGUGUCUGGAUAGGCACAAGCAAAGCAUAUAAAAACCCCACGGACUCUCUGUCCGACAUGGCCGAUCUGACCUCAGAGAUAUUUGGCAUAUUUCUGACGUUUUUGCCAAAAAGCAUGUUUGAGUUUGGAAAAGGCCUCCAGACUCGUAUCUUCGGGAAAAAAACACCCCCUUCCAUAGAGAAGGCUGCCAAGAAAACAUAUAAGAGAAAGACGACCAAAGCCCCGCUGUUUUCUUUCUUUGAGCAUCUGAUUGGCGCGCUACGAACGGUGUACAACCAAACAUGCAAGCACCUAGUGGGCUGGGGAAUCGUUAUCGCAAAAUACAUUUUGAUGGCAGCUUUGGUGCUGCUUGGUGCCUCCGCCAUUAUUGUUCUGUACGCCCUAAACAACAUGGCCAUCUUCCUCCACCAGAUUCUAAGCAGCGUUCCUUUUUUGUCGACUUUUGCCUUUCUGUUCCCUGCACAGGCAAGCCCAAAGGUAGGCGAUCUGAUUAAUUCCAUGGCGAAUGCCAUCACGCCUUCUGGAUGGAAUAGAAAUGCCGCAGGCCAACCCCAGCAAGCUGCCCCUGGAAGAGGAAGGCUGUACAAUGAUGCAGAAAAAAUCCACGAAAAAGUGCAACACGGGUACACAACCUACGUCACUCCUGCAAACAAAGUCGCGCAGUCAUACCUGAAGAUAUGUGUUCUCGUUAUCUCGUCGAGCAUAGCUAUUUUUUUCCGGGUAUUCGCUGAGCUGGGAAAGAGCUUCGCCUCCUCCGGCGGCUACACCACGUUCUGGGCGGGCAUUGCCGGGUGCAUAGCACUCGCCGGCGUUUUCUUCUCCUCGCAGAUUGUGGACCCCUUGGACUACUCCAUGCAAGCACACUCAAAAAUGUUGAACAACAUUUCCGAGAUCAACCUCAUGCUUGUUCCGCUUUUUGCCUUUUUCUUUUCGUUUGUGGCCAUAGCGUACAACCUCUACACGUCCUUGACCGACAAGGAAAACCAGAGAAACCGCGAAAGCGCGUCAGACCUUGAAAGAGACAACUUUGUGUUUGUGGCUUUGAACCUUCUGAUUGCUGUGCUGGCGCUCACAGGGGCGGGCGCCAUUCUGAACAUACUUGCGGGCGGCCCAAACAACAUUUUUGAAACGGCGCCGAUGUCCAUGAUAUAUAUAACCCUCAUAGGCAUUGUGUACGACAUAAAAAACAUGCUGUAUGGCGCGCGGACAAACCAAACAAAGCAGUACAAGAGCAUUUUAAUCAUCAUGCUCAUUGUGCUCUCCUUCUACGCCAACACCACCCAGAUUAAGGCCCUGCACUACGCCUCUCUAUUCGCAACGCUGGGCAUGCUACUGCUGCCGGCCAAGAAUGACAAAAACGCGCACUACAUUCCGUACGGAGAAAGAGCGCGCGCUCAGCAGGCAAUCUAUCUGAUUAUCCGAAUUCUGCUUGUGAGUGCCAUUGUCACUGUGCUCGGCCCCCAUCUUGGCACUGUCCUGCUUAGACCAUUCCUAUACGUAAAAAUUGCUCUAAAGGCUUUGCAUGCCAUUUUGAUCAUGCAGGCAAAAUAUGUUCUUCUCUGA